AAUCGAUUAGAAAAAAUAGAGCAAUCUCAAUUCUGGUAUAUCUAUAUCUUUUUUGAAUCAACACGUAGAAACGAUACAGCCAGAAAGACUAUGAACAACACCACCAUGGGAGGCAUCUCGAGUUCGUUGUCCGCAGGUGCUACUGCUCCGCUAAUCAACCCGAACGACGCAGACGGUAGCGUAUCGACAUUUUCGUCUGCAUUGUUGGAUGGUUUUCUUCUGCCAUUGACGUCAGUAGGAUGUGGGAUUCUUGCCGGUCUGUACUUCAUUUUCUCGGUCUGCGUGAUGCCUUCGUUGGAUUCGCUUCCCUCGGCUGCGACCGCUAUUGAAGUGAUGAAUCAGAUCAAUGUGGUAAUUUUGAACCCGAUCUUUUUCUCGGUCUUCAUGGGCACUCCAGUUCUUGCAGUCUUCGUAUUUGCGCUCAAGUGUUGCCGCUCGGCAGACGGAAAAUCGUGUGCAUUUUGCACUGGAGGUAGAACUGCGGGUUGCUCCGAGUCUCUAGUACUAUUUCUUGCCACCGUUUUAAUCGUCCUCGGCGAAUUCGGCCUCACAGCGGGAAUCAAUGUGCCGCUGAAUGACGAGCUCGCUCUCUUCAACCCAAAAGAGCACUCGGAAGCGGAAUGCCAACGAGCCUGGAGUGCAUACAAUGCUCCAUGGACGCGAUGGAACAGUAUCCGUGGGCUCAACUCCGCAAUAUCUGCUUUUCUGUUCGCAUAUUCGAUUCGUAUCACAGGUGCAGCUCGUUCGGUGCCCACAUCAGGAGGAUAGUCUAUAGGUGUAGAUAAAGUUACGUUCACGCAUAUUCAUGAUUAGUAAUUCAUUUUUUUUUACGUCAAUGUCAGAAAGUACUCUUUCUUCAUUUUCCGGUCGUAUUCAUAUUGUUAUUUGCGCCGCAGUUAGUAAGUAAUGAGUAAUUAAUAUGUUGGAUAUAGUCGGUUAAAAGAAAUUGACAACCAACAAAUUCCCUCCCCAUAUCUUUCAGCGUGUGCGCUUAAGAUUAGUUCUUCUAUUAGUAAGGUUAGUAAAAUUGAAAAACCUACAAUCUAUUUCAUACACCAUUAAUAUGUUGGAAGAAAUCAAAAGCAUCUUCUACCAAUAUCGUGGUCUCGUCACUUUGUUCGCACUACUCCGCUUCAUUACUCCUCGUAUGUGGGUGUAUUUCGCGAAUUCUUGCCGUUGUCGAUCUCCACUUUGACCAUGCCCCACGCAGCUCACGCAGCGACUUUUGGUGUAUUUACCACUCAUGCCAUUGAGUUUUCAUGUUAUCUAGUUCGGUGACAAAAUAUCCAUUCAAUCCCAUUGGUACUCUGACUCGCAAGUAGUUUUUCUUCUUUGUGGCCGUCUCCAAGAAAGAGUGGUCACUCCUCCUCGCAACUUCUUGACGUCACAGCAAUCUAUGCCCUGACCAGUGCACGUCGCAGCAACAACUAGUCGCCUAGUUGCGCAACUGGCAUGCCACGAAACCAGUUUCAGUAGAUUCAUUCAAGUCGAUAUUUCGACGUGCGGAAGGACAGGAUAAUCUUUCGCCUUUCUCGGGGAUCUUUCCGUGGUGUGGUCCUACCAGACCGGGGGGGCAAGAAAUCUUUUAGCUGCAGAAGAUUUCGUUUGUGGUAAAAAUUUGAAAGAAAUUGAAGCAGGA